UCAGCCGUCUCCAGUUCUCUUCGUCCUCCUCCUCGUCCAUCGUUGGAACAACGUUCGAGCUCUCUCUCUCUGUUUCCAGUGGUCGUGGUUUUGCUUUGAGUCCGAAUUCCCUCCCAUCACGUGUCUUCUUCUUGUCCUUUCUACGGACGACGACAGAAGCCACGGAGCUUUGUUGAAGCAGGGCGGUGCCAUUUGAGUAGCUCGAAGGGUGGGGAAAAAUGCAUCCUCCUUUGACGUUACACCGCCACCCUAUGUGCGCUGAAAUAAUCGAGCAGUUCCAGAAGUGUCACCUUGAUCAUCCUGUUAAAAAGUUCUUCGGUGAAUGUACGGAACUCAAAAUUAAGCUUGAUCGAUGUUUCCGGGCGGAAAAAGCCUUGAAGAGAAAGGCAAACUUUGAACAGAGCAAGAAGCUGAGGGAGAGGCUGCAGGCAUAUAGGAGAGAAACCGCUGAGAAUCCUUGAAGACAAGAUUCUCUUUCACUCAAAGUUUGUUGAAGAUUUUUAACUUCAUAUGACUCCUUGUAAACAUAAAUCUCGAUAAUGCUCGGGUGGCCAAAGUACAUAAAGGAAUGUCGAAUUUAUUGUGACAAUUGAGUUGCCGAAAGCUGGAUGUGUUUUUCCAUUGAAUAAACCUCCUUUCGAUGUGUCA